AGAGGGAGGGCGGUUUGUUUUCGAGCAUGGUCGAGGCUGAGUGUGAAACUGAUAGUCAGACGGAGGAGUUCCGCACAGUUGGGAGAUAGCAGUGAUUUGUUUCAGCUUGUCCUCUGGAGAGGCGACAAGGGAGGCGCUGGUAUCGAUGUCCGGAUCAGCUGAGUCAAAGCGGCUCGGUUUCUGAUCGAAGGGCUGUGUUUAUUACCUCAACCCCAACCCCCCCCCCCCCCCCGCCAUUACGGGAGAGCGGCCAUGGGGGUGAAGCUGAGGGAUUUCGGCAUCGUCCUGGUCGGUGAGGAGCUCGGCGGUUACUCGAGCGGGGACCUGGUGUCCGGCCGGGUGCUGCUGGAGCCCAGCGAGGGCCUGGCGGCCACGGCCCUGCGGCUGGAAGCCCGAGGCUGCGCCCGCGUCAACUGGAUCGACAAGGCGGUGGCGGCUGGCCCGGGCUCGGCGGCGGUGCCCAGCAGGUACCGGGAGGAGGUGGUUUACCUGCAGCAUCGGCAAACCCUGCGGGAGGCGCCAGGUAAUCAAGGGUACUUCAUAUUGCAACCAGGAAAACAUGAAUUCCCAUUCAGCUUUCAACUACCACAGGGGCCUUUGGUUACAUCCUUCAAGGGGAAACAUGGUAGUGUUAAAUACUGGGUAACAGCAAUAUUGGAGCGGCCAUGUGUCCCAAACCAAAUUGUGAAAAGAGAAUUCUCUGUGACAAGUCAAAUUGAUGUUAAUGCACCAAAUUUUCUGUCUUCAGUGUCAAAAAGUAAAGAGAAGACAAUUGGUUGUUGGUUUUUUACCUCUGGACCAAUAUCCCUAAGUGCCAGUAUUGAAAGAAGUGGAUUCUGUAAUGGUGAAGCAAUCCCAAUCUAUGCAGAGUUUGAGAAUUGUUCUUCACGCCUUAUUAUGCCAAAAGCUGCAAUUUUUCAAACACAGACUUAUCUUGCAAAUGAGAAAACAAAGACCUUUCGACAAGUGAUCGCAAAUGUUCGUGGAAACCAUGUUGCAUCUGGUAGUACAGAGUCAUGGAAUGGGAAAGCUCUUAAAAUUCCACCAGUUACUCCAUCCAUCCUGGAUUGCCGUAUCAUCAGAGUGGAAUAUUCUUUAGCUGUCUAUGUACACAUUCCAGGUUCUAAAAAACUGAUGCUUGAGCUUCCCAUAGUUAUCGGCACCAUCCCAUACAGUAGCUUUGGAAGCAGAACAUCAAGUAUGUGUAGCCAGUUCAGUAUGGACAUGAGUUGGCUUCAACUUGCCCUGCCAGAACAGCCUGAAGCUCCGCCCAACUAUGCGGAUGUUGUACCUGAGGAAGACCUUGCCAGGCAAUUUCCAUCCCUCCCGCAGGCCGAUCAUUUGGAGCAUGAAUUUGGGAGCCCAAUGUUUGCUUACAUUCAGGAGUUCAGAUUUCAGCCACCACCAAUUUAUUCAGAGGUUGACCCAUACCCUUCCUUCGCAGAAGAGAUGCAACGAGAAGUAUCAUUUGAAAUUUGACAGUUUUAUAUCUUUUACAUUCGUUCAUCUUUUGGUUGGUUUAAAACUAACCAUUGAAGAAGUACAGAGCAUCUUCAGCAUUGCAAAAAUAUUUGAAAGGAAAUGAAUGGUGGCCUGUGGUGGGCUGAUCGAUAGUAGACUGAAUUGCAUAAGAGAAUUCUGUUUGGGAAACGAAGGGGCUGAAAGUGGUUGACAUAUUUGCAAGAAGUGUAAGUGUAAAACUUGCACCAAAUAUUGGAAGUAAAUGCAAAGCUUAGUCAACCAAAACACUACAGAGCAAUAAAAACCCCUCCACUCUAAAAUGAGUCCCUGACAGAACCCAAGCUUUCUUUUCAUUAAGCAACAAUUUAUGCUGAAUGGAAGGGGAUAUUCUUGCAAUCACUGGUACAGUAAUAACUAUUAAUGUGAGGAAGGGUUUACUGCCACUAAAUGACCACUAUGUCAGUUAAAGGGACAGAAAGCAGUCUGGACUAUUCAAGACAGUUUGUUGGGAAAGCUGAAGAUUAAUGUUUACAUUUGUUUUUCUGUGUCCUCUUAAAACACUCGUACAAUGUUGCCUUUUACAAAGGGUGUUUUUCCAGUUCUCAAAAUUACUGUCAAUACUUUUUUAAUGUCGAGCAAAAGUAAUCACCAUAUCUGUAUUUGUAAAGUAACCAAAGAGUACGAUCUUGGGCCUUUUUCAGUUAUGAGUUUGCACUCCUGUAUCUUAAAGGAAAUACUGUGUAUAAUUAUCCAUCUUUUAUUAUCUUUACAAAUAGUUGUAAAUUGCAAUUUUUGAGUGCAAAAAAAUUUGUCUAAAUUCUGUCCCAGUACAGGGAAGUGGGAGUUAUUGAUUGAAUGGUUAGAGGGAUCGAGGAGGUACUCAGGAUGGUUAUGUAUGAUGUUAAGUCGUUCAUUACAAAGGACUAUCGAGUGUGCGGCUGUGUUUUUGCCAUGUUUUCUAUAAAGGUGUUUGCAUAUUGGUAUUUGCAAGAAUGUUCUUUUGGCUACAUAAGAAUUAUUGGGUGAUGACAAAGUACUUAAAAGGGCUGUCAUUGAAAUAUAGGGCGAAAUGCCAAUGUUACAUUUAAAGUGUCCCCCUAAAUUAAUAGUAUGCAACUUUUUUUAAUAGAAAAGCCAAAAACUGAAACCUUGCUGACCUUUUUUUCAUUUAAUAUGAUCUGAAUUACAGUACUACACUUGCUAUAUUAGUGGCUGAGAAACAGAAGACUUAAUUUGGUUGUUAAAACUUCACGUAUGAAUGUUAUUUUACAAUUGAGACUCUUUUCUUUGAGGGAAGGCACUUGUGUGAAUGAUAAACUUGCAUUUGAGCAUCUAUGAAAUGCGUAAUUGCAUCUCGUAGGAAUGCUUUUAGUGAGAAUUAUUUUACUGUUUGCUACUUUAUCUCUGUCUUGUACUGCUGAUUUCUGUUCUUAACUCCAAUUUGAUUUCUGAUUUGUAUGUUUAAUGGUGCAAUAUUGUGUUUCUCAGGGCUUUGGUGCAAUGCAUUCUUGGUUUCCACUUCCAGCAAUAAACUAAGUUUUCAAGUUGGUGAAAAAUCUCCUUCCUGACUUGCUAGACUUAAAACUUCAUGGGUGAUGGUCAGUCAUACCACUGUCAGGAGGUGAAACCUCUUCAGUCAGUUGGACAAGUCAAUAUUUUCAUAGCAUCAGUGCAAGUUGUCUUUUGCACCUUGAAUCUGCUUAUCAAGAUAUCUUUUUCAAUUUCUCAAUCCUGUUUGAAAAUAUUGGAGCCAAUUUUGAACUGGAUGUUCUUGAAGUUAGGAUUAGAAUUUUUCAAUCUUCAUGUAUAAAUGUGAAAUGAAAUGUCUUAAGCAAAUUGAAAUAAAACUGAGCAAUGCACUUGGGCUUUAGAAAGUUAAAACUUUGACAUUUUUUUGAACGGAAUUGUAUAUAGAAUCAAACUUUGUAAUUUCAUAGCAUUGUUCAUGCCCCAUGUAGCUUGUAUGUCACUAAUUGGCAGUCUGUUUUGGCAAAUGUGACCUUUCGUGUCAACUGGCAACUAAUAAGGAAGAUGAGCAUUUUAAGUGGAAUAAAAAGCAUAAGCACAAAUAUGAGUAUUACUUGAAUGUGCAAUUAUAACUUUUUAUAAUAAGCUAAAUGUGCAUUAUUCAACUUGCCAUUAAAACUGUGAUUUUUUUCAACUUUUUACUUUAUAAUGUAAAGAGCAGUGUGUAUUAUUAUUGUAUUAUUUAAAUCUUUU